CUCAUUGUUGGUAUAGAUUUGACAAUUGACCUUAGCCAUUUGACUUGACAAUACAAACAAUGACAGUUGAAAAAGAAAUUCGUGAGGUGAGGAUGAAAAUUGAAAAAUGAAAUGAAUGGAACCCAGAAAGUUUUCGGAAAGAAAGAUUUACCUACCUACGUGAAAAAUAAUCGUGCAAAUGAAAAAUGGCAAUUCAUUUGAAAACGUGAAAUGCAAAAAAAUAUUUUCAAUAAUGAGUGACAAAAAAUACGAAAGAAUGUUGUUCCGACGUAGAUUUUGUAAACGUAUAAUUUUUAUGCUUGUAGGUUUUAGUCUAUCAUUUUUUGGAUCCAUUAUAAUGUUUGGUGAAUUGAAAUCUCCUAGAAUAUUACAACUAAUUGAGUUAAGCCGCUGCCCAGCAUGUUACGGGGUCUCGGUAUGUCCAGAAAUAUAUUCCAAUCAAAUUCUACUGGAAUCAGAAUAUUCGUGGACAAGAAUGUUUAAUGCGAAGAACAUUUACUAUGGCUUUACAAAAUCGAAUAGAAAAGUAGUCUUGAAGAAAUUAUCCCACAGUUGGGAGUUGAAAGAAUUUGACUCGAAACUGUGCCAGACAUGGGGCUUGAAAAAGAAUUGUAAACCAACCGAUUUAUUAGCUGUGAAAGGUGUAGAUGAGAAAAUUAAAAGUUUAGUUGCAUACAACUUAAGUGUUCCGGAAACGAAACCCAGAAAAGGCUUGGUAUAUUGUCCAUAUUCAUAUAGCAUCCACUCUCUUCUGUUGCCAGUUUUCAGUGCACAACAAACAGAUUACAGAUCAGACAUUAUAAAUAUUUGGACGAUGCUCAGCAUUAAUCCAGAACCAAUCAUUAUUCAAGCAAUACCUAAAUCCAAGGGCUGGCGGGUACCAGCAUUUGGUGGAGUCUGUGGUCGGGUAGAGCUUGUGGCGUAUGAAGGAGAGCCACUCUCAUCGUUGAUGCAUGUCGCCUGGAGCCGAAAGUUGAAAUUUGCAGCUGAAAUACUCUCUGCUGCUAUGGACUUUACUUUUAAACAUGACAGAUUUCGUUUCUACCUGAUGGACUGGUCCAUAGACAACAUAGUGGCGAACGAAAUAGACCAAGUGACCUUUAUAGACUUAGAAGACGUAAUUGUAGUGGACAAACAUAUAUCCCCAAAGAAAAAUCUUCCACAUUGGUAUAAACGUUAUUCUAGACAAAUCAAUGGCUCUGGAUUUACCUUCUCUAUAUCAGAUAUGUGUAAACAUCAUCUAAGUGACCAUAAUCUGUGGGCAGCAUGCUAUGUACUUGUAGGAGACGAGAACCCACUGUUGUAUCCAAUGCCAAAACAUGUUAAUGUGACCAGACCUGAUUUUGCAAUACUUUUAGAUCAAUGUUUGUAUGGGAGUGAUCGAUUUCGAACUGUGCCUAAACUACAAACUGUUGUAAAUGACAUGCUGGCCGAUGAAAGAAUUGUUGGAUUCGGAGGUCAUAGGUAAUAUUAAUAAUUUGAUUAGAUUUUUUUUAUUUUGCAUUUAUUUUUUAUUAUUAUUAUAUAUUAUUUUUAGAUUUAAUAGAUGUCAUGUUUAAAAAUACAUUUGUGUCAAGUAUGUAUGUUGAUGAAAUAUUGGUUGUGAAUUUGCCAUGAAGUUUUGGGUACGACAAAUUGAACGUAGGGUAUUUGAUUAAAACUGGCCUUAUGAAGAAUAUGGAAAUGUUAAAAUUGGCGUUUUUUUGUGAAUAUUGUUGAGGUUUUCUCCUAGUUUUUUAAGUGUUGUUUUGGCUGGAUUCAGAAAAGACUGAAUAUAAACUCGGCUGCCCGUGUCAUAAGAUAGAGCUUUAAUUUUAAGUGUUUUAAUAAUGUUUCUGUUUAUGCGUAUGUAAAUUAUUUUGUGCGCAUAGAACAUACAAUAAGUUAUCGUCAACGAUAGCAUAUAAAUAAAUUUCGUUUACUGAA